AUGAGUAGCGAAAUGUCUCCCUCCCCACUUCAAUAUAACUACUUUCAGACCAGAACCCGAUUGACGAAUCCAGUCAGCUACAGAGUUACAGUGGUGAGGUGGAAGAGAAAAAAAAUCAUCGAUUCCGGUGAAUCAACGGUUGGGAGUCUCGUUGACGGCGAUUCCUCCGGAAUUAAUUCAAUCCCGUCAUCAAACCAAAGAUUGCCAGAUGUCGAAAAUUCCAUCGGAUCGUCGGAAGCAAAUCGUGUAAGGGUCGCAAAAAAAUCCCACGAAGAGUCAAUUCUGGCGCCGCAGUCAUCACGAUUGCUGAGCUUGAAAGUAGAGAUAGCUGAUGGACCUGCAACUGAAGAAGGCAUGAAUCCAUCGUCAGCGGUAAAUAGCUUGGAAUUGGAAACCGAAGCCGAUGCUGAAGUUAGCAAGGAUACUACAAUCAGACAAAACAAACCGGAUGCUGUAAUAAAUAAGUUAAAUUAAAAUGCUAAAACACCAAAAUGUUUUUGUGUAAAUCAUUUCCUGUGUUGUUUGCUAGUUACGCCCUUUUUAAUGUUGUGGUUGGAAAUAAGAUGAUAGAUUUCAAAAAAAUUUCACUUUGAAUUUCAUGACAAUUACAUUUGAAUUUCCAAUAUGAAUGGCUAUGACAUCUGUCAAUUUUAACUAUCGAUUUCAAUUAUCAAACACGUUACAUCGAUAUGAGAAGCUUUACCAAUCAAACUUGGAUCAUACACUUUGUAUUGACGUGUAAGGCUAGUGGUUAACAUAUGAUUGACAAGUAGUGAAGAAUCAUAUUUGAAACACGUG